CAAGAUGGCGGCGCUGGCGAGUGGAUGCUGGCCGUGCCGGGGCCCGCGGGGGCUGCGGCCGAGCUGCCGCGGUUGAGGCCCCAGCACCGUUCGAGGCUCGGCCCGCGACCGCACAGGGUCCAGCCUGGGUGCAGUCCGGGCUGCCGGGUCAUGCUGCGAGGCGCGCCGCGUCGCCGCCGCCGCUGCCGCUGAGUUCGCGGGCCGCGCCAGGCGCGGAGCAGGGCCGCGACGAUGUUCUCCGCGCUGAAGAAGCUGGUGGGGUCGGAGCAGGCUCCGGGCCGGGACAAGAACAUCCCCGCGGGGCUGCAGUCCAUGAACCAGGCGCUGCAGAGGCGCUUUGCCAAGGGGGUGCAGUACAACAUGAAGAUCGUGAUCCGGGGAGACAGGAACACAGGCAAGACUGCUCUAUGGCACCGGCUGCAGGGCAAGAAGUUUGUGGAGGAAUACAUCCCCACGCAGGAGAUCCAGGUCACCAGCAUCCACUGGAGCUACAAGACCACAGACGAUGUAGUGAAAGUUGAAGUCUGGGAUGUGGUCGACAAAGGAAAAAGCAAAAAGCGAAGUGACGGCCUGAAGACAGAGAACGAUCCCCAGGAGGCGGAGUCCGAAAUGGCCCUGGAUGCCGAGUUCCUGGAUGUAUACAAGAACUGUAAUGGGGUGGUCAUGAUGUUUGACAUCACCAAGCAGUGGACCUUCAACUACAUCCUCCGAGAGCUUCCCAAAGUGCCCACCCACGUGCCCGUGUGCGUGCUGGGCAACUACCGUGACAUGGGCGAGCACCGUGUCAUUCUGCCCGACGACGUGCGUGACUUCAUCGACCACCUGGACAGACCCCCAGGCUCCUCCUAUUUCCGAUAUGCAGAGUCUUCCAUGAAGAACAGCUUUGGCCUGAAGUACCUGCAUAAGUUCUUCAACAUCCCGUUCCUGCAGCUGCAGCGGGAGACACUGCUGCGCCAGCUCGAGACCAACCAGCUGGACAUCGAUGCCACCCUGGAGGAGCUGUCGGUGCAGCAGGAGACGGAGGACCAGAACUACAGCAUCUUCCUGGAGAUGAUGGAGGCGCGCAGCCGGGGCCACGCAUCCCCGCCCUCAGGCUCCCAGUCUCCACUGGGGGCUCCAAGCACCAUCUCCACAGGGAGCUCCAGCCCCAGCACACCCCAGCCUGCGCCCCCGCUACCCCUUGGUGCUCCCUCAGCCUGCCCUUCUGGAGUGCCCGCCUCGCCCAUGCCCCCCAUGGAGGCCCCACCCCCACAGCGGCGUAGCAUUAUCUCCCGGCUGUUCGGAACCUCUCCGGCGGUGGCGGACACCGCCCCGACACUCGCAGAGCCAGCCCCAGCGGCAGAGGUACCAGCAAGGGUCCAAAAUGUGGAGGACUUUGUUCCUGAAGAUGGCCUUGACCGCAGCUUCCUGGAGGACACUGCCCAGCCUAAGAAUGAGAAGAAGGUCGGAGCCAGGAACCCACAGCAGGACAGUGACAGUGACGGAGAGGCCCUGGAUGGGAACCCAAUGGUGGCAGGUUUCCAGGACGAUGUGGACCCCGAGGAUCAGCCUAGCAGCAGGGUCCCAUUGCCCUCAGGCCCUGUCCCCAGCAAAGACAUCAGCCUCUCGAGUGAGGAGGAGGCCGAGGAGGGGGCCAGUCGCCCUAGCACGUCUGCCCUGGCUCCCCAGCAGUGCUUGGAGCCAGAGACAAAAUGGUCCUCCACCAAGGCCGUGCAGCUGCAGAAAACGGCAGUACCCACGCCAGCCCGGGCGCCCCCCCAGCCGAGCCUGGAGUCUGAGCAGCCUGGCAGCACCCUGUGCCCUGUGGUGGGCGCCUCGAGAAGACCUGCCGGGGGCAAAGAGGCAUUAUCUUCCUCAUCGGAGAGUGACCCCGAGGGGCCCAUUGCUGCGCAGAUGCUGUCCUUCGUCAUGGACGACCCGGACUUUGAGAGUGAGGAGUCAGAUGCGCGGCGCAGAGUGGAUGAGUUCCCCACGAGAGAGGACCCCUCCGACGGGAGUGAGGAAGACGCCAGGCCUGCCCCGCCACCCCUGCCCCCAGCAACCCGGCUCCCUGUCGCUUCCUUCAGACCAAAGAACGACUCUGAUCUCUUUGGACUAGGGCUGGAAGAGCCAGGCCCCAAGGACAGCAGUGAUGAAGAGAAGGGCGGCAAGCCGGUCUCCAAGGAGAAGAAGAAGAAGAAGAAGAAAAGCAAAGAGGAGGAAGACAAGGCCAGUAAGAGGAAGAGCAAGCACAAGAAGAGCAAGGCCGGGGAGGAGGCCAGGGAGGAGCGGCGCCGGAAGCGGAAGCCAGCACGCACCCAGGAGCAGAAAGCCGCCGAGGAGCUGGAGGCUUUCCUGGGGGGCGGGGCCCCCGCUGGCCGCCACCCAGGGGGUGGAGACUAUGAGGAGCUCUAGUCUGGGCCGCUGACCUCCCUGGGGGACUGACAAGGCCACCACCCGCGCCCUGCCCCAGGACCACCCCACACCACCGCCGCCUGCGCUCCUUGGUUGGCCUGCCCUGCAUUUGCUUCCUGCUGGAGGCCGGGGCUGGGUGCUGCAGGUGCUGGGCCUCAGGCUGGGACAAGCCUGCUGUGCAGGGAGAAAGGGGACAGCAGGGCUGCCACUGGCGGGGCAGAUGCCUAGCCCUCUCCAGGCAGGGCCAAGGCCAGCCCCCCGGCAUUUCUCAGGGAUGUCACAGGCCGAGGAAGGACCCAUGAGGGUUGUUUACAGAGGCAGGGCAUGGGCUUGCCCCGCUACUCAAAACAUCCACUCCCUGCCCACCCCUGCUUGCCUCCCAGGCCGAGGGGCCACAGCAUGCCAUGGGUUCAGCUUCUGCUGCCAGGCUUGGGGUCCCGGGCGCACUGUGGGCGCAGUGGCCCUGCCCUGUGUGCAUCUGGGCCCAGUGCCAGCCUCGGCUGGCAGGAGCAGAGCAGCAGCCGCAGCCUCUCCUGGGAACAGGGUUGGGCAGGAAACGCCUGCUCCACACUCCACGCGACCAUAAAGCUCUCGGGUUCUACUGCG